AUGGGGAUUACCAAAGAGGUGGCUCAGAGAGCUAGAGAGGAAAACAUUCUGAAAGAAGAAGAUAUGGUUGAGCCAAAGAAGGCUAAACCAGAAGCCCCUACCCCUAAGCCAAAGCAACCAAAGAGCUAUGCACCCUCCUCUGGUGCUCAUAAACCUAUUAGUUCACCUAAGCCUCAAGCCAAACCAUCCGGUGAAGGAAAGAGGAAGAGAGUACAAGCCAGAGUAUUCAUUCAUGUUGAUGAAGACGAGACGAAGUCAGAUGAAGCAGUCAAGGAGGUUAAAGCAAAAACUGCUAAGGCCACCAAGGUCACAAAGGAGAAACCAUCCGGUGGACCUAAAUAUAGUAAGAAAUCAAAAUUUAAACUUGAUGAGGCGUUAAAGAAAGGAAAACUUGAAGUUAGGCCUCCCAUGUCUUUGAAUGAGAUUGAUAAUGAGGUUGUUAAGAAUGGGGAUCUAAAGCCACUAUCUAAGUGGUAUGAUAAUUUUGAUGAAUCUAGCAAAAGGACAUUAGAGGAAGCAAUUGUAGAGUACCUAAAUGUAAAAGGACAAGGUUACACUAAUCCAGAAGUGCAGACAAUGGAUGAUACUUUUGUCCUGGAAGUCGAGACUGUUGAGAAGGUAGAGGUUAAUAUUGAGGAUGUGGAUGCAGGGAAAGAAGAUGAGGGUAAAGACAAGAGUGAUAACCCUCCAAUUGAUGCACUUAACCCUCUCAUUCUUGGAGAGGAAGCAGAUACAAAGGAGGAUGAUGUAAAGGAAAAGGUAGAGGUGAAGUUUGAAGUUGAGGUUGAGGCAAGAGACACUGACAAAUAA